AGCUUUACACACGUUCUAGUGUGAGUCAUUCAAAGGAUAGAUAAACAAUGUGUUUUCGUUGAAACUUACCAAAAUUACGACGGCUAUUGCCAAUAUAACAGUACUUUUUUUUAAUUAGAUAUAUAUAAUAGUAAAUUAUGGCAACGAUUAUACCUAGAACGGUUAUUAUUGAACCUUCAAUUAAUCUUAAACGACCCUUCAUUGAUAAUGGUGGUGGUUAUGAGGCAGCGGCUGAGGCUCUUGCACAGCAAGAUGAUUUUCUUGACUGCGACGAACAUAACUCUGGAACAACAUGUAGAAAACGUCGUCGAUUAACGGUUUUAACUGCUGAAGAAAGAUUAUUAAGGAGAAAACUAAAGAAUCGGGUGGCAGCUCAGGUUGCCAGAGAUAGGAAAAAGCAAAAAAUGUCUGAGCUUGAAUUGAUGAUUGAAAAUUUGGAGAAACAGAAUCAGCUUCUAAGACGAGAAAAUCAAGAGUUGAGAGACGAAGUUAAAAGAGCAAAUAAAGAGACUGACCAGUUGCGUUGUUGCCUAAAUGAUGAAACUACCAGGAGAUGCAAAGAUGAGCCUGAUUUAUUGCAACAACUCGUCGAUGAAAUCACAAAUUUCUCAGAAACUAAUGAAGAAAACCCAAAUUUCGAAAAGCACUCAAGUAAAGCCAUACAAAUGGAUCACCAAUAUAGCAGAUCCGAAGAUGAAUCUUUUAUUGCUACUAAUAAAGAUGAAAGAUCGGAGGAAGAAGAAGAAGAAAUAAUAGCAUUAGAUGAUGAUUUAAAAGAAUUGCAAGAACUCAGCUUACAAUUGCUAGAAGAUAACAAGAACGAAUCAUAUCCCUUGAAAUUUUCACCAGAGCCUGACGAAACUGAGGCAAGUUCAUCCGACGAAUCUGGUUUCUUGAGCGAUGACUUUAUAAGCGACGUAGAAUCAUUAUUUUCAGAUCUAUUUCCCUGUUUAUCGUAA